AUGACCGAUCUCGCACCCCAUCUCGAGCGCCUUGGCCUUGAGCAAUACCUCGAUGCUUUCAUCGGCGAAGGAUUCGACACUUGGGAGACUCUGACAGAUAUUCAAGAGAGUGACUUUGACGCUCUCAAUGUCAAACUAGGCCAUCGUAGGAAACUUCAGCGUGCAAUCGCCGAAUAUCGAGGAGUUUCUUACGAACGCCUUUUUGGCUCUCCUGCCCAGGAAGCGCUCUUAGAAGGCAGUAGAGGGUUUGAUGCUGGCGCGGGACCUUCCUUGGGUCCUGAGCGGCCGUCUGUCCCUCCUCCCGAGACCAAACGAAAGUACCGACGCCAUCCUAAACCAGACGAGAAUGCUCCCGAACGCCCUCCUUCGGCAUACGUGAUCUUUUCUAACAAAGUCAGGGAGGAGGUCAAAGACCAAAACCUUUCCUUUACCCAGAUAGCUAAGCUCGUCGGGGACCGAUGGCAGAAAUUGGACCCUACUGGCAAAGAGCCUUUCGAGGCCCAGGCCAGCGCCGCCAAAGAGAAAUACAACAUCCUGCUGUCGGCCUAUCGCAAGACCGACGAGUACAGGGACUAUAUGGCUUACCUGUCGGAGUUUAAAGCCAGACACGGACAGCCGUCGGAGCCAAAGCGGCCUAAGCUGGAGCAGGAAUCCAGCGGGAGUAUCAUCUCUACCAAGUCAGUCGAGGCCAACCCAGAAGUGGCAUCACAGGCAUCUGGGCAUUUCCGAGGCGGGUCGAUUGGGUCUUCAGCAUCUUCGCCAUUUAUUGGAGGGACAAUUCACCCCAGUGGUUCGGGAGGGUCGAUACAGCAACGACCGCAAUUGCCUUCGUCGCGUAGCGGAACCCCUCCUUCAGUGCAACAAGGUCGGGAGUACUUUCGUCCCGGUCUACUGUCUAGCCAGAGUUCGGUCUCUGAUGAGUCUUCUACAGUGCGGAGUGAAGUACCCGAUCCACUCAUACGGGCGGCUGGUUUAUCGUUGGGUGCAGGGUCAGGUACACCUCCCCUACCGACACUGCCACCGAGUGCGUCGUCCGUCGAGUCUACAGGGUCUCCCGAUCCUCUCGCAAGAUCAAGACUGUCGUAUUUUGUACAGCAGCAGCAACAGCAACAACAUCAAUCAGCACCGACCGCGCCCCAACCACCGCCACCAGCAGCAGCAACAGCUCCAAUCCCUCCCCCUCCCACCUUUGGCAGCGUCCCGCAUGGGCAAAACGCCCUGUCCUAUCCGCCGACUUUACCCUCGCCAACAAUGCAGGAAUCGUCGUGGAGGAAUCGCCCACCGGACUUUCGAGGUUACCAAGAGACACCAAGGCCCUCCCACGCUCCCAUACAUCUCCCCAGUCCAGGCCGAGAACAAUUGAGUCCGACUCAGCUACCGCCAAUCCUAUCUCACGAACGACCAGCCGAGUUCCCUCAGGGGCCGGGCUCAAGAAGUCUGCCCCCUCCACCUCGAACGGGUCCAAUGGGAACCGCUACUCUUCUGCAUCUCGGCCGUGCCAUGGAACAACCCCGACCCAGGGCCACCGAUCCCCUCCAACUACGACACCCAGGGCGCGAUGACAGCCGACCCGGCCUCAAUCGUUCGGAGAGCGAUGCCGCCAACACAUUAGCUGGACUGGCAACAGGAGUUCCUCGCCCAGACGCCACGAGGCCUCACACCCACCCGCCACUUCCACGCCCACCACGGCGAUCUCCAUAG